AUGGCAGUCGAUACUACUUUCCCGGUCAAGACCACCCACAAAGCCUCUUACGAGUCCAUCUCGCCCUCGCUCAAAGAGCUCUCUCAAGCAGGCCGCACUAUUCUCGUUACUGGCAGCUCAGGCGGCAUCGGUCUUGCCAUCGUGCGCGGCUUCGCAGAAGCCCAUGCGUCUACCGUCAUUCUGACAGGCCGCACCGUCGAGACCCUGUCCGCUGUGGCGUCGAAGCUCGCAGCCGACUUUCCCAAGACCAAGUUUGUGUCUAAAGCGCUUGACGUUGCCAACAUCGAUGCCAUCGACGCCUUUUGGGACGAGCUGGAGGCGCAGAACACGACGGUCGAUGUGCUUGUGCUGAGCGCUGCGCGAGUCUCCACGCCGAUGCCCAUCGUCAAGCUCGGCCACCGCGAGACUCGUGCCGACUUCCAAGUCAAUGUCGGCUCCAACGCCGCUUUCGCUGAUCGCUUCUACAGCCAGUCCAAGCGCGAUGCGGGGAAAAAGCUGUUCCUUGUCAACAUCUCAACCCUCAUUGUCCACGACAUGAACUACGCAGCGCACUUUCCAAACUAUAGCGCGUCCAAGGCCGCGGGCACCAUGUUGCUGCAGAAUAUGAGCUAUGGGGUGCCGGCGUCGGAUAUGCAAAUCGUCUCGUUCCAUCCAGGCUCCAUCUUUACACCUGGCGCGCGGAAAGCGGGCUUCACUGAGGAUUCUCUUCCUUAUGAUGAUGAAUCGCUACCUGGGCACUUCGCCGUUUGGGCGGCUUCUGAUCAGGCAUCUUUCCUCCAUGGACGAUUUGUCUGGGCAUCGUGGGACGUGAAUGAGCUGCAGUCAGGUGAGGCGCGCAAGCGUAUCGACGAUGACGCCGCCUAUCUACGUCUCGGUGUUCAUGGCCUGUAA